AAGACAGAGAGAGAAAGAGACAGACAGAGAGAUAGAGAGAGAGAGACAGACAGAGAGAGAGAGAGAGAUGAACAGCUGUGUUCUCUCAGUAAAGAUGUGGCUCUGUGUGUUUCUGCUCUACUCUGUGCUGCAGGAAUCUUCAGGCUGCACUGUAGAGCGAGGUUUGGGAGACACCAUCACCAGAUCUGCUGGAGAUUCUGUGGAGCUGCCGUGCUCCUGCACACAACAAAGAGAGGUUGAUCCUCAGACAGUUCAGUGGGGAUUUAAGAGAAAGUUCACACCAGGCGACUACAGAGCUGAUCACUCAGUGUUACCAGAGGACGGCAGUCAGAAUCGGCGCUACAGAGGCAGAGUUCAGAUACUGAAUCAGAAUAAACCAGGAACUGUAGCUCUAAUCAUCUCCCACCUCACUGAGGAAGAUGAAGGAGUGUAUCUGUGUGGGAACAACGGGAGAUAUAAUAGAGGCGUCUUUCUCCAAGUCUCCACAGGCUGUGCUGUGCUGAGUGUCAGUGAGAGAACGUUCUCCAGAUCUCCAGGAGAGUCUGUUCUGCUGCCCUGUCCCUGUCCCCCAGACCAACACAGGAUCAACCCUGACAGAGUCACAUGGACUAAAGAUCAGACUGCAGUGUCUAAUGAUACAGAAUCCUACAGAGGCAGAGUCUGGAUGUUCAACCAGAACCAUUCCAGAAAUUUCUCUCUCCUCAUCUCAGAUCUGACUAAAGAGGACUCUGGACUCUACACCUGCAGAGCUGAUGAGAAGGACGUGCCAUAUGUCCAGCUGGAGGUCACAGGCUGUGCUCUGUCAGAGAAUAAACAGACUGUUCCAGUCAGUAGAUCCUCAGGAGAGUCUGUUCUUCUGUCCUGCACCUGCACUGACCUGCAGGACAGACCUGUGGGAGUUCAGUGGAGAACACCAAACCGUGAAGAUCUCCUUCAGCGCUACAGCAGCCGAGUUCAGACGUUUAACCAGAGCCCUCCAGGAAAUCUCUCUGUACUGAUCUCAGACCUGACUGAAGAAGAUGGAGGAAUUUAUACAUGCUGGAUAAACCAGAAUCAGUACAGGAACUUCAGCCUCACUGUUAAAGACUGCAAACUGUCAGAGACUCAGGAGAACAUCAUCCACAAAUAUCCAGGAGAGUUCGUUCUCCUGCCCUGCGCCUGCUCUGACCAACACACCAAACCUGUAAGUGUGAAAUGGGAGCGUGUGGACUCAGGAGGGACUGAGGUAUCCAAUGAGAUGGAGCUCUACAAAGGCAGAGUCCAGAUGUUUAAUAAGAACCUUCCAGCAAAUCUCUCUCUACUGAUCUCCAACCUGACUGAACAACACCAGGGAACAUACAGAUGUUCAAUCAACAACAAACAGUCCAUUGACAUCAGACUCAACAUUCAAGACUGCAAACUGUCAGAGACUCAGGAGAAAGACAUUCACAAAUAUCCAGGAGAGUCUGUUCUCCUGCCCUGCUCCUGCUCUGACCAACGCACCAUACCUGUAAGUGUGAAAUGGGAGCAUGUAGACUCAGGAGGGACUGAUGUAUCCAAUGAGACGGAGCUCUACAAAGGCAGAGUCCAGAUGUUUAAUAAGAACCUUCCAGCAAAUCUCUCUCUGCUGAUAUCCAACCUGACUGAACAAGACCAGGGAACAUACAGAUGUUCAAUCAACAACAAACAGUCCAUCAACAUCAGACUCAGCAUUAAAGGCUGCACACUGUCAGAGACUCAGGAGAAACUGGUUUUCAGAUCUCCAGGACAGUCUGUUCUCCUGCCCUGCUCCUGCACUGACCAACGCACAAAACCUGUAAGUGUGAAAUGGGAGCAUGUAGGCUCAUGUGGGACUGAGGUAUCCAAUGAGACGCCACGAUACACAGGCAGAGUCCAGAUGUUUAAUAAGAACCUUCCAGCAAAUCUCUCUCUACUGAUCUCCAACCUGACUGAACAAGACCAGGGAACAUACAGAUGUUCAAUCAACAACAAAGAGUCCAUCAACAUCAAACUCAGCAUUACAGCAGAGAAGAGAGAAAUCUCAGAUUCCUCAGGUUCGCUCAUCCCUUGGAUUGUCUGUGUGGCUCUGCUGCUGUUUAUAGUGAUUGGACAAUCAGCACUGAUCUACAAACUGCUCCACAAUAGGACACAAGGGUCUGCCUCUACCAACACUGAGAGAGGAACACAGAACAUAGUUGAUGAUGAUUAUGAAAAUGAUCCUUCUGGAGCCCGGAACAAGAUCAGCAUGGCUGCAAUCUACCAGAGCCUGGACCCCAAAACCAACCAAUCAGAUUCAGUCUACCAGGGCCUAAACCCAAACACCAACCAAUCAGAUUCAGUUUACCAGAGCCUAAAUCCCAACACCAUCCAAUCAGAUUAAGUUGAUCAGAGCCUAAACCCAAACACCAACCAAUCAGAUGAGCCAGCCUACAUGAGUCUACAUGAGCCUAAGCCCCAACACCAACCAAUCAGAUUGUCUACCAACACCAACCAAUCAGAUGAGCCAGUCUACAUCAGUCUACCAGAGCCUAAACCCCAACCAGAGCUGAAAUCCCAAUACUUACAGAGCUAAACCCAGAUUCAUGUGUCUAAACCCUUCAAAAUACUGCAACAAUAAUUUGCAGUUAUAUUUUGCGAUGAUCAUGAUGAAAAUAUUAGACACUGCCUUUUCAUUCUAAUCCAUGUUAGGAAAUCUGAAGAAACCUGUUUAACUCAACUUCAGUUCUGUAAACUUUAUCUAUGCAUUCAAUCAAGUUAAGUUAUAGAUUAUUGCUUUCAAGAAUAUUUGGUGAACUUAUUUACAAAAUAACUUUAUUUCAUAAUUAAUGUGUUUCUCGCUAGAGCUUAAGUUCAGUCUUUGCAUAAGUCAUGAUGUGCUCUUAUUUACUGUAAUACUGGUUCUCUGAAUGUUAUGUACGCAUGUUUAAUGAAUAUAUGUAUUUGAAAUGAAUGUCAGUUGGAUGCAGAAGUGUUGUGUAAUUGUGUGAGUGUAAUUUUUCAGCAUUCAGUUCUGUGUUUGUGAUAAAUGAUGUGCUUUUGUAUAUCUCUGAAUGUAUUUUAAAUAGUUGAGCUUGUAUGAA